CGUGAGGCUCCGCGCGCAGUGGCGCCCAGACCCGCACGGCGACCGAACGCGAUGCCGAUGCCGCGCUAACCUGUGCUAGUGACAAGACUGACAAGCUGUCAAGUGUCAACAUGUGGCUCUAUGGAACGUGUGUCCUCGCCAGCGUCCUGCUGGUGACCGUGCGCUCGCAGAGCACCGAGGGGAGCAGCGAAUUCGCCCCCGUAGUGACAGCUACCUGCAAGACGGGCGUGAUGUCCGUCAAGAUUAACUUCAACCAGCCUUUUUACGGGGUUGCUCAUGCGAGAGAGUUCAGAACCCCAGCAUGCAUGGCACAAGGCAACGGUUCAGAGUCUAUGAGCUUCGACGUCAGCCUGAUGGCGGCACAGGGCUCGCCGGACUAUUGCGGAGUAUUCUGGAACAACCGCACAGACGAACGUUCUCUGCCGUUCGCGGUGCGUGUGCAUCGCACACUGGAGCUGGCUGACGACAAGUUCUACGUCAUCACGUGCGGGAAGGCGGGCUUCAGGAACGCUAGAAACGAAACCUCACUCGUGUCCCUACGAAUGUUGAACGAAAAUGGCAAGAAGAUUAUGAACGCCGCCUUCAAUCUGCCCUACACGCUGCGAGCGGAGAUGAGCAAGCCCGACGGUGCACAUGGCAUCAAGAUGAAGAGUUGUUUCGCGUUUAACAUGAAGAACAACACAGUGGACUUGCUGGAUAAGCGAGGGUGUCCGAUAAAGCAGCAGUCAGUGGUGGUGCGGUCGGAGAGCGGCGCGGCCGAGCUCUUCAUACCCGCCAUGUUCCGCUUCCCUGACUCCUCGCAGAUCAACUUCCAGUGCGACAUCUCUAUCUGCAAAGGAAGUUGCCCAGUGCAGGACUGCACCGCGGACGACGGCGUUGGAGUAGUUGGUGAAGAGGAGACCACCGUCACCGCCUCCACGGGGGUGUUCGUGUUAGACCCCAAUGAUAGUGCAGUGGCAGCACUGAGCUGCUCCGAUGGCAGCAUCCACCCGCCGUGGCUGCUGUACCUGGCCAUCGCUCUCGGAGUCAUGUUCCUCGUGAUGCUCCUCAUCAACUGCUUCCUCUGCACCGCCAUGACUUGCUCCUGCGCCAGGACUGACGUGAUCGAGAAGGACCCGUCAGUGGUGGAGGACUACGACCCGUACCGCAGCUGGCACGGCAGCCAGUACGGCAGCAGGUACCCCUCGUCCACCAUACACUCCGCGAGGUCUGUCUCGGAUAACAGCGACCACUACGCGAUAGUGCAAUCACGGCCCGGCAGCCGGCACUCCGGCAUGCACCGGAAUAGGCAUUAAAAGAAUCUAUACGGAAAUCUCGAGUGGAACGUAGCAAGUUGAUGAAGAAACUAAAGAUAUAAAAGAUGUAAAAUUGGAUUUUAGGGAAUCAUUGCCUAAUUCAUAGAAAAAUGUUAAACAUAAGUUAAAUCCACUCCUAAAUUUCCGAUUGUGAUUAAGAUAUGAAGGAUUAACAAGUGAUAGGUUAAAAAUACGAGUGGUGCUUUGAAUGAUAUUCACAAAUUUUAACAUAACAGUAUGUAGACCUUAGUCUGUAACGUUACCUAAGCUAGAACAUGAAGGUACUUCCGUAUGUUCGAAUGAAUUUAUCUUGUGCCAUCUGUUUCCACGUACCUUGAAUGAGUUUAAUGAUAUUUGGUAGUACGGUCGAAAGUACAGUAGAAUCCGUUUAUUAUGACUCCGCCUAUACUGACCAACCGCUUAUUAUGAUGUAAUUACUGUGCGAAGUUUAGUUUUCAUAUAAAAUUCUUUGCGACAAAUUCGGAUAAGAUAACUUCGCUUAUAGUGAUAAAUCGCUUACUAUAACCUAAAAAUCCUAUUUCCAUAAAAUUAUGUCUGAUUAUACUGACACAUUUGCUGGUUUUCGUGGCCGUCACCACGUCUUUCCCUGCGAGGACGUUUGGUGCGUUCGUGGCGUGUAAGGUAUUUUAGUUUUGAUUCUCAGUGAUAAGUUGAUAUUUGUUACAAGUUACAAGUUUAAUAGAACUCAUUUCUCACAAAGGAAUUUGAGAUUAAUUUGGAAAAUAUAACAAACACAAGAAAUUGUACAACUAUGUUUUAUAUGACAUCCGCUUAGUAUGACGUGAUUAUCACUUCCCUUCGAUGUCAUUAUAAGCGGAUUCUACUGUAUUAAUUUAUGACCCAUUUCGUACAGUCAGCAGCAGAAGUCGCUAUACACUCCAGGUGCUCAAAGAGAGGUAAACGUUUAAACUGUCAAAAAGUUGUUGACUGUCAUGAUAGCAUUUACUUGUGAGCGCUCAACAUGUCACAAAUAUCUCAACAGUCGCUAUUCAUUAAUUUCUACACUUACAAUAAAUCAUUGAUACCUUAGCUGUCAAAAAACCACUGGUAUCUAAGCGGUCAACGUGUCAAAUAUAUCUGAAGAAUAUGGAAAAAUAGACGUUUAAAGCAUACAUGUAUGGUCGUAUAUUGAAUGAAUAAUAGCUAUGCUAAUUUCAGGUAAAGCGUUUUGACAAUCAUCGAAAGCAGUACAGUCUUGUCAUCACAUACAUCUAUCUCACGUUUUGCCCUUCAACCAUUGACAGUGGUCUGUCAGUCAACUUACUGCAAACUAUUUCUUUUAUUGAAUAGAAUCAUCAAAACGAAUGAGUGACACAUAGCGAAAGCUAACUGAAGCCGAAUUUAGAGCCAAUCGUCAAGGCACGUUGUGGUCUUGUUACUAAGGCGUUUGCUUUUCAAAGCAGAGACCGCGGGUUCAAAUCUCAGUCGGACGCACCUAGAAAUUACAGCUUUUUUUUUAGGUUUCAUUUCUAUUAUUAAUUUGUGGUUUUAUAUUAAUUUCGCAUAAGUUUAUAUGUUUUUUGAAGAUAUUAUGUCACAUGUAGCGUAUGUAUGACUUUCUAACAGGACGUUGUAGGUUUGAACCCGCAGUGGGCGUUCCUUAGAUUACUCCGGUGCCGAAUGCCAUUUGAUGUUUACUGCUAGGUUAUACUAACAAUAAGUUCAAAGAUAUACAGUAUGUAUCAGGACGAAAGGCCAAGAAAGAGACCCAUUAAUGUUUAGAUCAUACUGGACAACUUUUACUAUGGGACCAACCCCGAUAACGCGGAAAAAUAAUUGGAAGUUUUAUACAUUUUGCUGGUCUGAUGUUGAAAUUUUCUAUGGGAGAGUAAAUUUUUUUCCGGGGUUUCGGGGUUGGUCCCAUAGUAAAAGUUGCUCAGUAUGACCUAAACAUUAAUGGGUCUCUUUCUUGGCCUUUCGUUCUGAUACAUACUGUAUAUAACUCCGUAUACUCUAUCCUCUCUGCUAAGUUGUAAAAACAAAAUUCGUCAUUCCUCCAACAAAAUAAAGAGAGGAGUCAUAGUUGGAUAAUUGGAUAUGCUUAACACCUUUACUGCCCGUGCUUUUCACGUGGGGCCACGGCUAGCCUCUAUUACAAAGCCAUAAGGUUUACAUGUCAGAUUGGGACAGUGAACGUGUUACGUUUCAAUUCUAUUGUUUUCUCCUUCGUUCUUUGAUCGAUUCGGAGCAUCGUAUUUUAGUACUAUAUAUACUAUAUAGUAUAUUUUAGUACAAUAAGCGGGCUAAAUAAAUAUAUUAACAUAUAAUAUGCUCUACGGUUUGGAAGAACGGCCGCCUAUGACAGUUAAAAUAAAAAACCGAUCAUUCUCGUAGAACCUACCAAAGAAUAUAAUACUCAGAACCUACUUAUUUAUUGUCUAAGUUUGACACUUGACGAUAAAAUACUUCUUUAAGAAAGCAGGUGUCAAUUCGUAGCUGCUACAGUAUUUUUUUAAAGUUAAACUGAUAAAACGUUGAUUCUUAGUUACCAUUGAAAUAACAACUGCUUAGCAACUGGUGGCACCCUGGCUGCUGACGUACGUGAUUGGCAGUGCGUGUAGGUAUUAAUGACAGCAGCUUGAAUUUGAGUGCUUAGAUACCACUGACUUUUUAACCGUUAUUGUCAUUGUGAUUAAAUAAGGGUGUAUGUGUUAAAGAAAAACUCAGAAGUUAAGAUAUAUGUGACGAAUUGAAAGCCUACGCUAAAAUGACAACUUAGAUGUCCUUAUUUUUGUGACGUUUGAAGUGUAUAUGUUUUCUUGGACACCUUGGCCGCUCAGGUAUAUCUGCUGCUGACUGUACCUUGUCAUAGUGACAAUCAAUAUGAAAGUCGCUAGAGACCUCAUACUAUUCUCACUGUGGUACAAAAUGGGUCAUAAUUUAAAACUUUCGACUGUACAUAAUGACCGCAAUAAUUCGAAUUUAAUACGCAAUUUGAUACAACGAAUCCGUCCAAGAUUAUCUCAUAGUAUUAAAAUAAAUUAAUGCAUUGUAUGGUUGUACUUAGAAUAAGUUAUAGAUUGAGAAAUACACCAGUAUAGUUGAUAAAUGUAAUUAUUAGGAUUAAUCUAGUAUAAAGACGCGCGCCUAUGUGUUUAGGCGAGAGUUAAAACUGUACCACAUCAUACACUGUGAAUUAUAGUGUUAAUUUAAAUGAGUAGUUAGUACUUCCUCAGCUACCUAGGAUAUUUAAUGUGUCGUAUUGCCUGUAGAAUGUGUAACUAAGUAUGUAAUAAGAGUGAGUGAUAUUAGCUAUAUGACAUCUCUUCCUGAUUUUGUAACUUAUAAUUUCAAAAAAGUACCUCGAAAAGUUUGUAAACUUUCAGAUAAAUUGUUAACUUUUGCCAAGAGUUAGGAUAGGUUUUAGCCGUCCAGAGUCCUAUAAAAAGGUAUUGUUUUGCUCGACUCGGCGGGGGCACUGCAGUGCCCCCAGAUCCCAUUAAUUUUGACAAAUCAAAAUUGCAUUUGACUUGGCAAGUGUCUGGGCGGCUCAAUCGGUCUGGGCGGCAAAAUCAAUAUCUAAUAUUGAUUGAAAUAUCAGUAGAGUCUAAGUUUAUCGCCUCCUAAAUUCAUAUGUGAAAGUAAACCUUAAUGUUAUGAUUUUAAGAGUUACAGAUUUGGGAAGAGAAUUGAACAAUGAAUAGCGAUGUGCUCAAUCCGUCUUCCUCGAGUAAAUGGAACUUUAAUGAAUAAUGAUUGAAUCUCGUUUAAUGUGUGCUAUGUGUUUGUGUUAAACCAAGAGAGAGUGACAAUAAAAUUCUUAACACUG